CUUUCCCGGUGAAUGGCAACCGCACUGUUUUUUAACUUUUUACCUUAAAUUCAAUUAAACUAGUUAAAUAACGCGAUAAAAUGGCUCAAAAGGUGAUCAAGUACUUCGGUCGCACCACUGACUUCCGGGGCAACACGCUGUGGGAGCUGGUCUCGGAGCUGCCCAACUGGGGAGUGGGUCGCCUGCUCAUACGUAACAUGUUCCAGCGAUAUCCGGAGCCCUGCUACAUGCGGAUUCUGAAGGUGCAGUCGGUGGACGAGCAGCCCGGCGAGAUUCGCAAGGUGCGGGUCACCGUGGAGAAGACAUGGCGCGGAGUGACCCAACCCAAGCCCGUGGAGAUCUACAGCACCAGCUACAAGGCGGAUUACGAGCUGGUGCCGCCGGAGCAGGAGGCCAAGUACCUGGAGAACAAGAAGAAAGUUGAGCCCGUGGUGCUGCCCACCAAGAUUGACCUGCCACCGCUGCUCCGCGAACUGGUGGCGGAGGAAACGGGCAAUCCCAAUCCCCAGAUGAAGGUCCACUACAAAGUAACCCACAACAAACUGGCCAGAUUGGCCAAAGAUGGUGAGAAACCCACCAUUAACUUGGAACUAGGAGUGGGUCAACCGAAACCCGUGAGCGCCAAGCUUUACGAGGGACUAUUAUAAACUCGGACGUUUGUUAAAAUAUUAAAUACAUCUAUUAUACACUUAAACAUAA